AUGAGACUUCUCCGUCUAUCUGCCAUUGGCGUUACUAGUUUUGCCCUUGGUACACGUGCUAUGCCCCAGAACGUAAAGAGAGACGCGCAGUUCAAUUUCGGCUACCCUAUCGACGCCAAUGGCAAGGGAGGUCCCAUUCUCGGAGGCACAAAUAAUCAGAUCGACAAAACCAAUCUUGAUAACCUAGGUCAGCAGCCAACUGACAAUGGCGUGGUUCCGAAUCUGAAAUGGAGAUUCUCCGACUCGAAAACCCGUAUAUUGAACGGAGGCUGGGUCCGCGAACAGGUAAUCCAAGAUUUACCACAAAGCCAUGACAUUGCAGCUGCACAGCAGCAUCUUAGGAAAGGUGGCGUCAGGGAGCUUCAUUGGCACAAAGUAGCGGAAUGGGGGUUUGUUUAUUCGGGUUCUGUACUUGUGUCGGCCGUGGAUGAGAGCGGUAGAUAUCAAGCGGAGAAACUAAGCUAUGGCGAUAUAUGGUAUUUCCCAAAGGGAGUGCCACAUACGAUCCAGGGCCUUGACGACGAGAACGAGUACUUGCUCGCAUUUGACGAGGCAGACUUUGACAAAAUUAGCACGACAUUCAACAUUGUCGAUUGGCUGGCUCACACUCCGCGGAGCGUCUUGGCCAAAAACUUCGGUGUUGACCCCUCCAUUUUCGAGAAGUUGCCGUCCACCAACCCGUACAUCUUCAACGGCACCAUCGCCAGUCAGAAUGUUACCGGUGGCCCUAGUAGUUAUCUCUCUGGCAACAGCUCGUUCGUCUAUCGUACGCUGCAGCACCCGGCCGAGGUGGUCCCGGGGAACGGCGGCGAGUUUAGAAAGAUAGAUUCGGCAAAUUUUCCAGCGAGCAAGACGAUUGCGGCAACCUUCAUAAAUUUAAAGCCGGGAGGCCUACGAGAGCUUCAUUGGCACCCGAAUGCAGAGGAAUGGUUAUACUUCCACAAGGGCGAGGGUAGAGCCACUGUGUUUAUAGGAAGCGGUGCAGCCCGAACCUUUGAUUUUUCAGCUGGAGAUACGGCCGCUUUUCCUGAUAAUUCAGGGCAAGUCUUUGCUAACCCACACAUACGCGGACAGCACUACAUUGAAAACACUUCCGAGACUGAAGAACUGGUUUGGAUUGAGCUGUACAGGUCGGACAGGGUUGUGGAUGUCCCUCUCACUCAGUGGCUUGCCUUGACGCCGCAAGAGAUUGUAGCACAGACCCUUAAGGUUCCGAUUGAGUUUGUUCGGAAGUUGAAGAAAGAGAAGCAGAUCCUGGUCUAG